CUAACUAAUUGAUUAGGGUAUACGCUGCACGAGAUUACGCAGUAAAAGGGGGAUAUCACCUUUAAACUUAAUGACUUUUUCAUCAACGACAUAUUGAGAAAAUUCUUGCAGGUCAAUAAAACGUCGUGAGGUGGAAAGACACAUCCAUUUCCAAGAUGUGGGCUAUCCUGUAUGCAUGUUCCUGGCUUGUUUGCGUAACGCAAAUAACUUGCUUGACCUAUGAAGAGCAAUUAGAUGCAAAAAAAACCCAAGUUCAGAGUAUGCAAGAACAGAUAAAGAAGCUUGCUGUAGCCUUAAAGAGCGCAAAAGAAGAUGCAGCUCUUGGGACUGCGUUAACACAAUUAAAAAGCGACUUAGAUGAAAACCUGAAAGUUAUGGUCGACAGCAAUGAAAAGUUUCGGGAAGAAUUAAAGAAAGAAGUCGAAAGUAAAAUCAGUGUUGCCAAAGACAGUCUGAAAGACUAUGCAACAAAUAAAGUGGCUGACGAAAAAUACUCAAAGUUAUCGAACCUAGUGAAUGCUAUGAAUAAGUUCAAAGAGAACUAUGAGAAGAGAUCCAAGUGGCUUAAUGAUAAAUUGAAAAAAAAUAAAGAAAACAUUGAAAAAAAGGCAAAAGAUUUUGAAGCUGUACAGAAAGACUUGCAAACAGUUUUUGAUGCAUUGUCCGGCGAUAUGAACGAACAGGAGAAAAAAGCUAGAUUAGAAAAGAUUAACGAGCUACAAAACGAUUUUUACUUGUUGACCCAGCAAAUUCAAGGGGACAGCUUUCACGAAGAAGAAAAACAACGAAGUGAUGGAAAUUCUGGCAUCAAACAAAUCAGAGCGAUUCAAACGGGAGCUAAAAACUAUUAUUCAAACACACACACAGGACGCACAUUUAGCUCUAUUCACGAGCAUUCGAAUAACAUUAGAACGGUUGGUAUGGGAGAAUUUAUCGGAGUUCUAAACGGCGUUGAAUUUCGCACACGUCAUAACGACUAUCGGCUAAAACAAGCUGUGACCAACAACAAAAAAUACCAUGCUACGGAAGACGUCAAAUUUCCUGACGUACCACCAGCAGUAAAAGCCGCGGGAAGUGUAGAAAAACAAGCAGCCGAGAUGAGAGAAUGGUUUAAGGCAUUUCAUGAACAGGAUUACUCUGUUCGAGAUUAUAGGAAAUAUUUUAAACCUCUUCUUGUAUACCUCGAAGGAGCGUGGACGUUGGGAGGUGCUGGUGAUAAGAUCGACGAACCCUUCGAAAGUGAUCGACAUCAUAUUGAUGCAUCAUCCUGGCUAGAUCUUCAAGAAAAAGUUCGUUUCACCUCCUACACUGGUUCUAAAAGUUUAUUGGAGAACUUGGCUCAUCUUCCAACAAAAAUUAUACGAUUUACAGAGGACCGGAAACCUGUACUUGCACAAUGGAACUAUCGACUGAUGUGUCAUCCUAUUGACGUGGACGUGCCAACGAAAUUCUUAAAACUUGUUCCUGACCCGGCAGCCCAACAACGCAGAAAAAUAAAUACUGACAGCUAUGCAAAAUCCCGAGCUGCCAAGUUUGAACUUGAAGGAAUAAUCAAUUCAAAGGGGAAGAGAAAGGACGGACCUUUACGAUAUUCAUUUUUGGAUGAAAUCAUGGAAAAAGUACCAGGAAAAGAUAAUUAUGGUUCUCACAUCGAAGCAUCUGCUUUCAACGCCCCUGAUCACGUCUUGCGUUCAGCUAAUCCCAAGAAAAAUGAAAAAUUAAACGCGGCUUAUUACAGUCGCGCAUUUGUUCAGUACGAUUCAAAUGGAGAGCGAGUGUACGAAGGACAGAGAGGGUUCUCUGAUAGACUGUAUAUGGCGCACACCACGCAAGAACGUGUAGCACAUAUGUCUUACACCGCAACAGUAGACGGGAAACCAAAAACGAUUCAUACAAAAGUUUCUUAUGCUAUUCCUGUUGAGAUCAUCUACCUCACACCUUUACACUCCUGGAAUCCUUACAAUAUUCCAUAUGGAAAACUUAAUGGAACUGGAUCGAAAAAUGACCCUUUUAAAGUAAUUGACAGUCGCAAUUACUACAUGACACCGGACCUGUUCUUCUCAGGAGAGCAAACCGACAUUGAUCCUGCAGAUACAUCCAAAACUAAGGGUGUAGUCGUUCAAUCUAGUGAUGGCAAAAACCACAUAGCCCAUGCAUCUGGUACACGAAUCUUUUUUCCAACUAUCAAAGGUAUCGAUGCAAAAAUUCGACAACGAUAUCCAAUCAUGCCCGUGUUUGGAGAAGGAAGUUCUGUUUGGAAGAAGCUGAAUUCGAUUGAAGAUAUGUUGAGCAUACACAACCCCAUUCAAAACGAGAAUUUGUACUUCAGUACAGGUUUAUCACACAGCGAACACACAACUGGACAUCAACACAUCGUUGAAAUUUCAAGGGAAGAUUACGAGAAAUUGAUUGAUGGCGAUAUCCAAAGCCUUAAGAUCACUGCAGAACAAGCUAAUGGGCAUACACACGAAUUGACCAUUGGUGUAAAAAAUGGUGAAGGGGGGAAAGUGGUUUUUAUCAAGAAGUGCGACUCGGCUGAUUCAGAAAACACGGAUGCUGAUGAAGUUUGCUUCGACAAUCACACCAACACACUCGCAAGAUAAGAUGGGAGAGUUGUUUAUAUUUCAUUAAACUUGUAACCUCUUUUGACACAAUAUAUCAUAGUUGCACAUAAAAA